GCCAGAGUCGUCGUCACUAGUCGGACCAUGGUCAUGCUGAGGUCCUUGGCGAGCCUCGCGCUUCUGGCGACGAGCAGCCUCGUGGAUGCUGCCUUCUACGUGCCGGGCGUGGCCCCCGAGAGCUGGGAGGAGGGCGCGGCCCUGCCUCUGAACGUCAACAAGAUCACGUCGGUCAAGACGCUCGUGCCGUACGAGUACUACUACCUGCCGUUCUGCGCGCCGAGCGCGCCGGAAGAGCAGCAAGAGAACCUCGGCGAAAUCAUGUCGGGCGACGCCAUCAUGAACUCGAUGUACAGCCUGCACAUGCACAAGGACGUGCGCUGCCAGAUUCUUUGCAAGCCGAUGCACUACACGGCCGAAGAGACGCAGCGCUUCAUCGACAUGAUCGAAGACGAGUACUACGUGCAGUGGAUCCUCGACAACCUCCCGGUGCUCUACCAAGACACGAGCUACGGCGAGGCGGCCGCGCCGAUCAACAAGGACCCGAACGCGCCGCUCUCGGCCGCCUACAAGCGCGGCUUCCCGCUCGGCGACAUUGACGCCCAAGGCCGCUACUACAUUUACAACCACGUGCGCAUCGUCGUCUUAACGCACCCGGACCCGUACGCCGAGCCCGCGACGCCCAAGUGGCGUGUCGUCGGCUUCGAGGUCGUGCCCACAUCCAUCAACCACCUCUUCAAGGGCUCGCCAUCGAGCGGCGAAGAGCUCACGUCGGACACGUGUGGCAAGUUUGUCGACAUUGCCGAGGUCAGCGAGGGCCACCACGCGUACCUUGAGUCCAACUCGCCGUCGACGGUGCUCUACACGUACGACGUGCAGUACGUCAAGUCGGACAUCACAUGGGAGCAGCGCUGGGACCGUAUUCUCUCCAGCCGCGCCUCGAACGACCAGAUUCACUGGUUUUCGAUCAUCAACUCGCUCAUGAUUGUGCUCUUCCUCACGGGCAUGAUCGCCAUGAUCAUGCUCCGGACGCUCCACCGCGAUAUCGCGCGCUACAACGAAGUCCAGACGUCGGAAGAAGCCGCGGAAGAAAGCGGCUGGAAGCUCGUGCACGCCGAUGUGUUUCGCCCGCCGUCGUACUCGCCGAUGCUCUUCUCGGUCUUUGUCGGCACAGGCGUCCAGGUCUGCUGCAUGUCGGCGGCCACGAUGGUGAUUGCGCUCCUCGGCCUCCUCUCGCCGGCCAACCGCGGGUCGCUCCUCACGACGCUCUUGCUGCUCUUUGUCUUUAUGGGGUCGUUUGCCGGCUACCACAGCUCGCGGACGUACAAGAUGUUUCACGGCAAGGACUGGAAGCGCACGAUGGUCUCGACGGCCGUCUUUUACCCGGGCUGCCUCUUUGGUGUCUUCUUCCUCCUCAACUUGGUGCUCUGGGCCAAGGCGUCGUCGCAGGCCGUGCCCUUUGGCACGCUCUUUGCGCUCCUCGUGCUCUGGUUUGGCAUCUCUGUGCCGCUGGUCUGCCUCGGGUCGUACUUUGGCUUCAAGCGCCCGGCGAUCGAGCACCCGGUCAAGACCAACCAGAUUGCGCGCCAGAUUCCCGAGCAAGUCUGGUACCUCUCGACGCCGUUUGCGAUCAUCGUCGGCGGCAUCCUCCCGUUUGGCGCGGUCUUUAUCGAGCUCUUCUUCAUCAUGUCGGCGCUCUGGUUGCACCAGAUUUACUACGUGUUUGGCUUCCUCUUCCUCGUGCUGCUCAUUCUCGUCGCGACGUGCGCCGAAGUGACGAUCGUCAUGUGCUACUUCCAGCUCUGCGCCGAGGACUACCACUGGUGGUGGCGCUCGUUCCUGACGUCGGGCAGCGCGGCCUUGUACUUGUUUUUGUACUCGUUCUUGUACUUCUUCUCGAAGCUCAACAUUACCGCGUUCGUCUCGGGGCUGCUCUACUUUGGCUACAUGGGCAUGAUCUCGCUCACGUUCUUCUUCCUCACGGGCACGAUCGGGUACUUUGCCUGCUUUUGGUUCAUCCGCAAGAUCUACUCGUCCAUCAAGAUCGACUAGAAGCGUGAGACGACGACGUAAAUGCUGUUUUUUCAAAGAAAGAACCGUGUACAAACCUCCA